AUGGACCAAUUAAACCAAACUUCCCAUAGGUUCAUCUUACUUGGGUUGUCCACUAUCCCUCAUCUACAACUUAUAUUUUUCGUAUUAUUUUUGAUAAUGUAUUUCAUGACGAUAUCAGGGAACUUUCUGCUGAUCAUCAUUGUCAGGAUCAAUCCAACUCUACACAGCCCUAUGUACUUUUUCCUGAUCAACCUCUCUAUCAUUGAUAUCUGCUUCUCCUCCUCCAUCGCCCCAGUGAUUUUAAAGAACACUUUGGCUAAAGACAGGAGCAUUUCCUUAAUGGGGUGCGCCACACAGAUGUACUUCUCCUUAGCUUUGGGCUCUACAGAAUGUCUAAUACUUGCUGUCAUGGCCUAUGAUAGGUUUGCUGCUAUUUGUAGACCAUUGCAUUAUAACACCAUAAUGAACAAGUCAGUUUGUUUUUACAUGGCUGUAGUGCCAUGGAGUGCUUCAUUUAUUAACUCUUUGCUGCAAGUGACCCUCACAUUCCAACUUCAAUUUUGCAAGUCUCACAACAUCAACAACUAUGUUUGCGAGGUACCUGCUUUCAUACGAAUGUCUUGUGGAGAUUCUUUUCUUAAUAAGAUAUCUCUAUACAUUGCAGCAGGAAUAAUUGUUAUGUGUUCCUUCUCAUUAAUUCUGAUUUCAUAUAUCCAUAUUAUCUCCACAAUUCUGAAGAUUACAUCAUCACAGGGGAGGCAGAAGGCCUUCUCCACAUGCGCCUCUCACCUCAUUGUCGUCACCCUCUUCUUUGGGACUAUUAUGUUCACUUAUCUGCGACUACAAACAUACACCAAUUUCUCUAAUAAAACAGACAAGGUGCUGCCCAUUCUUUAUACGACAGUAACUCCGAUGCUGAAUCCUUUUAUAUAUAGUAUAAGGAACAAGGUUGUGAAAAACACCCUCAUCAAUCAACUGAAGAGGAUAUAA